ACCUUUUCGACCAAAUCCUUCACCAAGAACUUCCUGGUGGCAAACUUGGUGGAGAAACUGCAGAAGAAGCCGCCAGCCCCCAGCCCUCCAAGCAACGGGGUGGUGAAGUGGUGUGAGAAACACCAGAAGCCGCUGACUAUGUACUGCAGAACGGAUCAGGAAGUCCUGUGUGCUGUCUGCAGGUCCUCCAGGGCACACAGGAACUGUGACGUCCUUCUUGCACAUGAAGUUGUUGAAGAGUUCCCGGCCCAAAUGAGGCAGCGGCUGGAUUGGUUCCUCCAGGAGAGAGAGCUCUUCGUAUCAGUGAAGAAGACUGAAGACGAGACCAUCGUUUGGGUCAAGGAUCGGGUCGGGGAGCAGAGGAGGAAGGAGGAGCUGAGAGUGAAGAUCAGCAGCGAGUUUGCGAAGCUGAUCGAGUUCCUGAUCGAGGAGCAGGACAUCCUGCUGACGAGGCUAGAGGAGGAACAGGAGGCCAUACUGGGAGACGUGGAGAGUAACCAGGUGGAUCUGGGCUCCACUAUCGCCGAGCUCGAGCAGUCCAUCGCUGAUAUCCAGAGCAAACUCAACCACUCCGUGCCCCUGGAGGAGAUGCUGGAUUCCAUUUCAAGGCCAGCACCAGAGCUGGACAAGCCCAUGGUGACCAGGGUGGCUCCAUGCUGGGACAUGUUCACAGGGCCUCUCCAGUUCAUCGCUUGGAAGAGGAUGCUUGAUGUCAUCAAUCCAGCUCCUGAGAACCUCUACUUCGACCCCACCACCGCUCACCCCAACCUCACCUUCUACUCCAACUACACCGCGGUAGAGUCCUGCACCAGCCGCAGCCCAGUGUCAGACAACCCUGAGAGGUUCAACCGCUUCCAGGCCGUGCUCGCGACCACCCACUUCCCCUCCGGUCGCCACUACUGGGAGGUGGAUGUGGGCCACUCGUUGGGCUGGUACCUGGGGGUGACGUGCCUCCAUAGCAGCCGCAAGGGCUACGUCAAACUGAGCCCUCAGAACCACUACUGGAGUAUCUCGAGGCAGCUUGACUACUGCAUCAACGAGGACCUCAGGGAGCCCCUAGACCUGGAAUGCGAGCUCACUAAAGUGGGCAUUUAUCUCGACUUCGAGGCAGGUCAGGUCUCCUUCUACGACGCCUGCUGCAUGACGCACCUCUACACCUUUAAGGCCGUCUUCCCCGAACCCAUCGUACCCUUCUUAAGUCCGAGCAAGGAGACGGAUGGAGUCCUGCAACUCUGCCAUUUUUAAUCGCCCCCACCCCCAAAAAAACCCUGCAGCGUACAUUCCCUCCCCCCGCCCGUCACACAUCACCGUCACCGUUCCCCUCGCGAUCUGCUGCAUUUUGUGAAAUAUACUCCAUUUUGUUCUACGUUCUGUGCUCUGACUGACUAUCUCUUACCUGGCUGCUUACGCCAAGUCUUGGUGGGUCAAAGGAAAAUGCAACGUAAACGGCGCGGAGGGGGGCAAGGCUAAAUAUAACUGAGAGGGGGAGUGGGAUUGUCCCACUCUUAUACUGCUACAAUGCCCUCCUCGCUGGUCUCGCUAGCUCCACUAUCU